AUCAAGCACUGAACUGAGGACCUUGUUCAGAUAAAUAUCCCACAGAGUCGAGCAGCUCUUCAUUCUCCAAGAAGACAAGACCACAACUGGUGGCCAAAGCAGCAUGGCUCCAUCACUUCUUGCAGCCGUAGGAGGACUUCUGUUUCUUUUCUCCUUCUCAUCAGCACAAACCAGAGGAGACAGCGUUGCAUUAUGCAAUCCAAAUGAUGGCUUUGGAAAGUACUGUCCUACUACAUGUGGAGUGGCUGAUUACAUGCUGAGGUAUAUGCCAGAGGUGAACAAAGAUUUGGAUGAUUUGCAACGGGAUCUUGAUUCAAUUGCCAAUUUGACCCAGGGGGCCGAGGAUACAGUUGUCUACAUGAAAGAUUCUGCUACUUCAGCUCAGAAGAGUUCGCCAGAUUCAUACUUCAAAAAGUCAUCAAGCAUGCUGGAAGAUGUUCUUCGAUUUGAAAAGACCAUCAUCACACAGGAACAGCAAAUAUUUGAACUUCAGAAUUUAAUUUCAUCCAACGAGAGGAGAAUGGCAGACUUGAAACAACUCUCCAUUCAGCUCCAGCAGAAAUGCAGUGAGACCUGCAAAGAAUCAGUUGAAAUCCAGCCCACCACAGGAACAGACUGCCAGGAUGUUGCAAACAAAGGUGCCACCACCAGUGGACUUUAUUAUGUGAAACCAGCCAAAGCCACUGAGCAGUUCCUGGUCUAUUGUGAGAUUGACAGCUUUGGACGUGGCUUCACAGUAAUACAGAGGAGACGUGACGGCAGCGUGGACUUCCACAAGGACUGGGUCCAGUACAAGCAGGGCUUUGGUUAUCUCUCACCAGAUGACACCACAGAGUUCUGGCUCGGCAAUGAGAAGAUGCAUCUGCUGACUGCCAGUACCACCAUCCCAACUGUGCUGAGGAUAGAGCUGGUUGACUGGGAGGGCACCAAAAAGUAUGCUGACUACACCAUGUUCAGAGUUGGCUCAGAGGCAGACAUGUACCGUCUGACAUACGGCUAUUACUUUGGUGGCGAUGCUGGAGAUGCUUUUGAUGGCUUUGACUUCGGUGAUGAUCCCAGUGACAAGUUCUACACGCUUCACAAUGGCAUGCAGUUCAGCACCUUCGACAAGGACAAUGACAAGUAUGAUGGCAACUGUGCUCUGCAGGACGGCUCUGGCUGGUGGAUGAACAGAUGUCAUGCUGCACAUUUGAAUGGCAAAUACUACCAGGGUGGCAGGUACACAGAAAAGGAUGCAGGUGAAUUUGGCUACGACAACGGCAUUAUUUGGGUCACAUGGCACAACCGCUGGUACUCCCUGAAAGAGACCACCAUGAAGCUCAUUCCCCUAAGCCGCAUCACAGCUGGUGGACAGCAGGCUGGUGUGAAGCAGUUUGGCGGACUUGGAGAUUCUUAAAAAGUACACUAAUAUGCUUGUGGUCUGUUUAGGCUGCAGUAAUUAUGUGUUCAAUGCAACGCCUUAAAUUAACAGGUCUCCAUGGAAAAUUCUUGACUUUUUGAUCCUUCCAAGUUUUGCUGAGCUGACCUAGCAGGACACUUUCCUUUUCUUUUUCUGUGUUAUUUUGAGUACUAACUAGAUGUAUUUUCUUUACCAAAUGGUUUUGUCAUACUUCAUUGGACAGUUUUAGUUGGACUGAAUGGUCAGCCUGCAGACACAACAGAGUAAAGUCCAUGUGGCCAGCAGCUGUUUUGUAAAACAAUGUGGAGAUGAGACAAAAGCGCCUUGUCAAAAACAUUAUCAAGAAUGGUGAAAUACGAUAAAUGUCUGAACUGACUGCAAACAAUUGUACUAUUUUGUCAUAGUGACCAAAAAUAUACACAAUAUGUAAUGUGCAGAGCCUUGAAAUAAAUACCAUCUUAAACAUAAA